GUGAUAGAUACGCAUGUGGUGCUGCUAGCUAGGUGGUGUGUCUCUCCUGCUCUGCUGAAACGCCACAACUACCGGACUUUUGUUCUCAUUUGGUACCACACGGCCCUGAACCAGGAACUAGCUCCUUCCAUGGCUUUACAGGGAGAUGAUGAUGAUUCCUGGUCUCCUCCCUCUGAAUCUGAAUUGAAGAUUCUGAGAGCACAGCGAGAGCACCAGGACCGAAUCAGUCGUCUAAUGGGAGAUUAUUUACUUAAAGGGUACAGAAUGCUUGGAGACAGCUGUGAAUCAUGUGGGACUAUAUUACUACAAGACAGACAUAAGAAACUACUGUGCAUCUCUUGUCAAGAGCUUGAUUCUGAUACUGAAAAGGACAAUCCAGUCCUCAACCAUCAGGCAGCUCUGUCUCAGGUGCGAGAGCAUCAACUGUCUCUCCAGCCUUGCCAGGAAAAUCCUCCUGCCCAUGAAGUUCAAUCGGUUUCAGUGCCAAAACCAAAGUCUGACUCCCCUCCAAUCAAGUCUGAUCCUAUCUUGCCAAACACUGAUGCCAUCCCAUUGGCCGAAAGUGCUGUAUUGGACAAGCUUUGCUGGGCAUCUCAACAGCUCCAAGCAGCCUCCUCUGUUGAGUAUAGCUCACAGCUUUGUGCACUUAUUGGUUCUUGUGCACAGAGUUUGCGGUUUCUCCGUGACCUCCAUCACUGAAGGACAUAUAAUUCAAUUGCCUAUUCCAUCUACCCAAAAUGCUUCUAUUUCACUAAAAUAAGCUGUUACAGUAGUUCGUAAAUGGUAUUUCUUGUAACUGAGACAAUGCUGACCAAUCGCUAUUUUAUGUUCAGCAUCACCGGGUUUUAGAAUGCUUGCUGUGCAAAGAAAGUGUCCAAUAACAUGUUCUUUCACUGUGCUUUAGUUGACCUUAAAGUGAAUGAAAAGGGGAUUUAAUUUAUAAGUGUUAAUGACGUUUUCCUUUGUUUAAAAACAGAUAAAUUGCAUUCAGUGUUUGCAAAAAUUGCUGCAUAGAUCAAUAAAGGCAUUUAAAGAGGUCCUCACCAGAGGACAAAGCA